UCCUAGGUAUCAAGGUUUUGACUUAAUAAUUUAUGUAUAAUGCCCAAUUCUGUGCCACCAUAUAAGCCACCAAAAGAAAUUCAGCAAUUAUUAAUACAAAGGCAGCGACAACAAGAACAGCAGCAACAGGCAGGCCAGCGUAGACGAACUGCCAUUCUUCCCAAGCGCAGUUGGAUACAGCGGAAUCCUCGUCUCUUUCAAAUUGCCAUCUUGACCACGUCGAUGCUAAUUUUUUUUUCCAAGCCAUUGUUUGACGCGUUCAUUGCUGAUCCUUUACCGCUGCCGCCGAAAGGAGAACGUGUGGCUCCCCAUAAACGAUAAGGUAUGGAAUCUGUGCGCAAAGCCAAUC